AUGAAACACCAACCCCCCCCCACUGAAACACCAACCCCCCCCCCACUGAAACACCAACCCCCCCCACCGCUCCUCUCCCUCCAGAACACCCUCCUGUGCUUCGCCGUCCAUGGGAUCUUCAAGGAAGUGGACGGGAAGUCGCGGGACUCGGUUCGCGCCUUCACGCGGAUGUUCAUCGCCGUCCCAGCCGGGAACACGGGGCUGUGCAUCGUGAACGACGAGCUGUUCGUGCGCCCGGCCACGGCGGAGGAGGCGCGCAAGGCCUUCCUGGCGCCCGCGCCCACGCCCUCCUCCAGCCCCGUGCCCAGCAUGGCCGCCGAGCAGCAGGAGAUGCUGGCCGCCUUCGCCAUGCAGUCCGGCAUGAACCUCGAGUGGGCGCACAAGUGCCUGCAGGACAACGACUGGGAUUACACCCGCGCCGGACAGGUGUUCACACAGCUCAAGCUGGAGGGCAAGAUCCCGGAGGUGGCGUUUCUCAAGUGAGCCGCGCCCGUUCCGUUCCGUUCCCGUUCCGUUCCGUUCCCGUUCCGUUCCGUUCCGUUCCGCGCCCGUUCCGUUCCCGCCGUUUUAUUCCCGCGUUUUGUAAAUAAAGCCGGAUCGAUCCAG